AUGGCUCAACAGCAACCCCUCUCGUCCGCAGUCCCGCCGACUGACAUCUACGGCGGCGAUGAGGUUUCUGCCCUCGUACUCGAUCCGGGUUACUGCAACACACGCGCCGGCUUCGCUGGCGAGGAUGUUCCCAAAUCGGUUCUCCCUUCAUUCUACGCGCACAUAGGCAGCGGCGAUUCCGCUCGCGAUGUUUUCGGCGACGAAGUGCUUCAACCCCGCGAGAAUCUCGAGGUCCGCAACUACAUGAACCGCGAGAGCGUUGUCGAGGAUUGGGAUAUGGCGACCGCUAUGUGGGAGAACAUGCUCAUCAAGCGCCUUCAGCCCGACCGCCUGCCCGCCCUGAUCGCAUCCCGGCGCGCCAACGGCCACAUCAACAAGACAUCACCCAAGCCCGCCGCCACAGCAAACGAGGGAGGCGAUGCUGCAGCCGCCACUAACGGUGACGGCGACGUCGCCAUGGAGGAUGCUGAGGCGGCCGCAGAGGCGCUGGAGAAGCCCCUGGCAGAGAACCCUCUGCUGAUGACGGAGGCGCCGUGGAACAGCGGCAAGGCCCGCGAGAAGGCUAUCGAGAUUGCAAUGGAGAGUUGGGGAUGCCCCGCCUUCUGGCUGAGCAAGACGCCGGUUCUGUCGGCGUUUGCUGCGGGCAAGGCCACCGCCCUGGUGAUUGAUGUGGGCGGUGCUAACACAUCGGUAACGGCGGUUCAUGACGGAAUGGUACUCAAGAGGUCUAUCCAGAAGUCGCACGUUGGUGGUCUUUGGCUCUCAUCGCAGAUCAGAGCUAUGUGGGAAGCCAACGACCCCAAGAUCGAGGUCACCCCGACCUACAUGGUUGAGAACAAGACCCCGGUUGAUGCUGGCGCCGCCGCGCAAUUCAGGCUACGGUACUAUCCCUUUGAAAUCUCAAGUUCUUAUCGCGCAUACGAGGAAGAGCGCGUACUCACUGAGUUCAAGGAGUCUGUUGUGGAGGUCUGGCGGGGUCCCGGCCGGUACAACAACGUUAACAACGAAGAGUUUGUCAAGUCGCAGCCCGGUCGAGUCUUCGAGAUGCCCGAUGGCUACAACCAAAUGUGGCGCGAGCAGCGCUUCAAGGUCUCGGAGGGCAUGUGGGACGAGACGGCUGCCUAUCCCAUCGGCGAGGAGCGCCUAGCAAAGAGUCAGACGAUCCCCGAGCUUAUCAAGGCAUCUCUGAACGGUGUCGAUGUCGACCUACGUGGCAACUUGCUUGCCAACGUUGUCGUCACUGGCAGCACCAGCCUGCUCAACGGCUUCAACGACCGGCUCAACAACGAGCUCCAGGCGGCCAACCAGGCCCAGCGCAUCAAGCUGCAUGCCGCCGGCCUCACGACCGAGAGGCGCUUCGGAGCCUGGAUUGGUGGUAGCAUUCUUGCCAGUCUCGGAACGUUCCACCAGAUGUGGAUCUCGCGUAAGGAGUACGAGGAGAACGGAGCUGGCAUCAUCGAGAAGCGCUGCAAAUAA